CCACUACAAACAAUGGCCGACCAAACACCCGCCCACCACGACGCGCCCAGUCUUCCCGGCUCACCGCUGCCCAAGAGAACGAAAUACACCGAGCCCGCAGCCAACCUUAGCGUCGCAUCAAUCCUAAACGACCAACAAGCCACUCCAACACCACAAACUGCUCAGCUCCCCAACCCACUAUCCGAAAUGUCAGGCACGAUGAAUGCGACAGCCGGCGGUCCACCAACACAACUUUCGAAUCCGGCAGCAGCAACUCUGCCGCCCAUGUCCUUCGAGCCUCCCCCACCAGCCCUACAAGUCAAGCUCCUUUCUGAAAACGCCAAACCUCCCACUCGAGGCUCUGCUUUCGCUGCAGGCUAUGACCUUUACGCAUCAAAAGAGGCUGUCAUCCCAGCGAAGGGGAAAGUUCUAGUCGAUACAGAUAUCAGCAUCGCAGUGCCUGUGAAUACAUAUGGGAGAGUUGCUCCUCGCAGUGGGCUGGCAAGCAAGCAUAGCAUCGAUGUGGGUGCGGGAGUGAUCGAUGCAGAUUACAGAGGGCCGGUGAAGGUGCUGUUGUUCAACUUUGGGGAGGAAGACUUUAAGGUUGCUGUGCAUGAGAGGGUUGCGCAAUUGAUUGUGGAAAGGAUCUACACGCCAGAGGUCGUCGUUGUUCAGGAGUUGGAAGCCACUGUGCGUGGCGCAGGAGGCUUUGGGUCGACAGGUGGGUUUGGUGGUACCCUGCCACCUCUUGAGUCGUCUGCUCUACCGCAGGUCGGUGGUGCUCCGCCCGCAUGAGAGGAUGGAUGGAACGCAUAGCACAAGUGUUGCGAAGUUCCAGGGCCAGUUGCAGACGAUCUCUGGACUCCGUCGAGCACAUUUUGCGGCAUUAGGGGCAGAUAGCUGCUUGACGUGCCGCGACAGCUUACGGCAUCGCUAUUCAGCAUAUGACCAAGACGAUGCCAAUUAACGAAUUAUUGGGCAUGAGUUCGAAGUGAAAAGGCAAAAGCAUAGGAAGGAAACGAGGCAAAAGUAGUUUCAAUGAAACAUUUCACGAGUUCCAAUCAAAUUGAUUAAUCGGAA